AAAAUAUUUAAAAUAAUGAAUUAUACAGACAUUUUAUCACCAAAAUUUGAACCAGAAACAACUGGUACUACUAUUAUGGCUGUCAUUUAUGAUGGUGGAUUAAUUAUUGGAGCUGAUAGUCGUACAUCUUCUGGGUAAUAAUUGAUUUAUUAUUCGAAGUCAAUUUGUUGCAGAUAGAUGUGCUGAUAAAAUUGAUUAUGUUCAUGAUAGAAUAUUUUGUUUAAGAAGUGGAUCAGCUGCAGACACAUAAACAAUAGCAAAAUAUGUUAGAUAUUAUGUUGAUGCUCAUGCUUAAGAAUUAGGUAGAUUACCAGCAGUAGCUACAGCAGCAAAUCUAUUUAGAAACUUUCUCUAUGAAUAUAAAGAGUACAUUGUAAUUGAAUAAUAUUAAGUUCAUUAUCAGCUGCAAUAAUCGUGGCUGGAUGGGAUCCUUAUAAAGGUGCUUAAAUAUUCACAUUACCUUUGGGAGGAUCAGUGAUAGAAUAGAAAUGGAGUAUAGGUGGAUCAGGGAGUACAUUUAUAUGGGGAUUUUGUGAUUCGAAUUACAAAGUAUAUUGAAUAAAAUAAUUGUUAAGGAAAACAUGAGUCUUUAAGAAGCGAGAGCAUUUGUUUUACAUGCAGUAGGUCAUGCGAUGUAUAGAGAUGGAUCAUCAGGUGGAAUAAUAAGAUUACUUAAUGUGACUAAAGAUAAAAUAGAGAGAGAAUUUAUUGAUUAUAAAGAUGUUCCAAUCAAAUGAGUUUACAUUCAUAUAAAUAUUAUAUUCCAGU